AUGAAAAAGCAGUGUGUUUCCUUCUGGCUUCUGGGUGCAAUACCCUUCCUGUGCUUAGUGCAUACCCGAAGUCUUAGGAGAUGUCUAAUUUCCAUGGAUGUGCAUCAUAUAGAAGAGAGCUUUCAAGAAAUCAAAAAGGCUAUUCAAGCUAAGGACACCUUCCAGAAUGUUACCAUCUUGGCUACAUCAGAAAUCCUGAAGAACAUUAAGCCCUUAGAUGUCUGCUGCGUGACCAAGAACCUCCUGGCAUUUUAUGUGGAUAGAGUAUUCAAGGAUCACCAAGAGUUGAGCCCUGAAAUCUUGAGAAAAAUCAGCAGCAUUGCAAACUCUUUCCUUUACUUGCACAAGACUUUGCUACAAUGUCAAGAGCAGAGGUUGUGUCACUGCAGACCAGAAGCCAUCAAUGCAACCAGAACCAUUCACAACAAUUACAGUCAGCUGGAGGUCCAAUCAGCGGCCAUUAAAUCUCUUGGAGAACUUGAUGGCUUCCUAGCAUGGAUUCACAGGCAUCAUCAAGAAACUUCUACUGCCUGA